AUGGACCCGGUACAGAAGGCAGUGAUGAACCACACCUUCGGCCCCCCCAUGAUGAAGACCAAACGACCCAUCAUCUCCUGCAACGUCUGCCAGAUCCGCUUCAACUCAGAGAGCCAGGCAGAGGCCCACUAUAAGGGGAACCGGCACGCUCGGAGGGUAAAGGGCAUCGAGACCUCCAAGACUCGCCCCAAGGAGGGUGACAAGCCGGCCGCUCCCCCCACUGCUUCCCCCUCUCCACCAGGCCCCUCACCAUCCAGCCCAGAACCUGACACCAGCAAACAGGGUGAUUCCCAGCCCCACCCACAUUCAAACAGCUCACCCAUGACACCCAGCCCCAUCCCCAUGUCUGUGCCAGACACCCCAGACACCCCUAUGCAGCUCCCUGUGUGCCCACUCCUGCCCCCUCUGAGUACGCCCAUGUCUACCACCUCCACCCCCUCCCCGGCCCUUGGUCCCCCCCAGGUGGACACCCCCAUGGUGGGCCCCCCUGACACAGUGUCCCCAGCCCCCAGCCCCUCUUCAGGGGAGUCUGAGGAGGACAAAGCCAAGAAGCUGCUCUACUGCUCACUGUGCAAAGUGGCCGUCAACUCCCUCUCUCAGCUAGAGGCGCACAAUAAAGGUACCAAACACAAAACCAUCCUGGAGGCAAGGAGUGGGCUGGGCCCCAUCAAGGCGUACCCUCGGCUGGGCCCUAACCCCAGCCCUGAGCAGGCAGGGGGGCUGCACUCGGACCCCAACACUCAGGAACGCACCUUCCACUGUGAGAUCUGCAACGUGAGGGUGAAUUCUGAGCUGCAGCUCAAACAGCAUAUAUCCAGUCGAAGGCAUCGGGAUGGAGUUGCUGGGAAGCCAAAUCCCCUCCUCAGCCGGCACAAGAAGCGCACAGACUUUGUGUCUUCCUUGACCUUCUCAAAGGACCUUCCAAAAACUCUGGGCCACGGACUGUUGCCCAGCCCCCUGGCUGUUGCUGCGGCGAUGGCAGCCGCUGCCUCCUCCAAUCAGCUGGCUCAGCUGCGUGCCCCUGGUCCCAUUUCUCACCCUCAGAACUACCACCCCCACCACCACCUCCUACAGAGCACACUACAGGGCACGCACCUCAGCCUCUUACGGCCCGCCCCUGGGCCUAUGCGCACCACACAUGGGCCAAUCCUCUUCUCCCCUUAUUGACGGUGGUGGGACGGGGGCCAAUCAGGAAGAAGCACACUGUGAAGUAAACAGGGAAAACCUCUUGAUAGAUAAUCAACAGAUGUUAAAACGGAAACAUUUGACGGAGGAAAGACUAUGCCUGUCCCUCUCCACCUUUCUUCAUUCGACAACUUCCAAAGCAAAGGAUUGACGGCUUGCAGUCGUUUUAAAGAGGAAGGUUGCAUGACAGAGUCAGGUGGACUUUCUGUACAUGCUCUCCCUCCUUCAAUCCUCCUCCCACAUUUAGUUGACUCUGAGAUACGUAUAGCAAAAAAAAAAGUAUAGGUCAAACUAUACAAACUAUGGCUGACUCAGUAAACUGAGCUCUGUUCUGUUUCCUGUUUCCUCCACAUCUCUGUAGUUUUGGUUCAGUGCUCACCCACCCAAAGCCAUCUGCUAUAUAAGUUCCAUAAAAUAAAUAAAAAGCACACUAGGUUAGACACAGUAGCUGCCUCUGCUCUUAGUAAUAUUUCAUAAUUCAUAGUACAGUAGAACCAAUAGUGCAUUACUGCAAACCCCUGUUGGGGUGUUCAAUAAUCAAAGUGCAGUACCUACCUACCCCACUCUGUAGUUCCAGGUUCUAGAUUAGGUGCCUGCUCUGCAGAUCAAGGCACAAGGUACAUUGUACUGUAUGUUUCCAGGUACUAGAUAUAUGUGCUAGUGUUGUGGAUGAUAGAUGUUAGUCUAUAUAUCCUCUGUUGUCAGAUCAGGUGAGAGAGAGGAGGCAAGGAAGGGAGAGAGAGAGAGAGAGAGAGAGAGAGAAAGGAGA